AUGAUUAAUUCUUUUCUUCUUUUUCUUUCUAUGAUUUUAGUUAUUCUUCGCUCUUUGUUACGACUUUCUUUUUUCUACGUUCAUUCAUUAUUUUCUUUUUUUAUCACUGUCAAACUGCAUAUAAAAUUUUCUUUCUUCCUUUUUCAUGUCUUUCUUUAUCAUUUUAUUCUUUCUUUCUUUCUUUUCGAUAUUUUUUCUUUCCUAUCCGAUUCUUUAUUUUCCUUUUCUUUCUUUUCAUUUUUCAUUUUUUUCUUUCUUUCUUUUUUCUUUCUUUCUUUCUUUCUUUUUACUUUCUUUCUUUUUCUUUCUUUCUUAUCGCUUUCUUUUUUCUUUUCCCUCUUUUUCUUUUAUUUCUUUCUUUUCCUUUUGUUUCUUUUCCUUAUCUUUCUUUCUUCCUUUCUCUCUUUCUUUCUUCUCCUUUUCUUUCUUUUUCUGUUCUUUUCUUUCUUUCAUUCUUUUUCUUUUUUGUCUCUCUUUCUUAUCGCUUUCUUUUUUCUUUCUUUCUUUUUUCUUUUCCCUCUUCUUCUUUUAUUUCUUGCUUUUCCUUUUCUUUCUUUCUUUUCCUUUUCUUUCUUUUUCUUUUCUUUCUUUUUCUUUUCCUUUCUCCCUUUCUUUCUUUUUCUUUUCUUUCUUUCUUUCUUUCUUUCUAUUUACUUUCUUUUUCUUUUCUGUCUUUCUUUCUUAUCACUUUCUUUGUUAUUUCUUUUCUUUAUUUCUUUCUUUUCCUUCUUUUUCUGUUUUUUCUUUCUUUUCCUUUUCUUGCUUUUCCCUUUCUUUCUUUUCUUUUCUUUCUUUCUUUACCUUUUCUUCUUUUGUCUUCUAUUUAUUCUCUUAAGUUCUGUAAUUUCGGUUGUUGGUCUUUCAUCUCAUCUUUCUCGGCCAUCACAUUCAAUAUAUUGUCUCCUCCCUUUUCCCUUACCCGACUCUUGUCUUUUUCCGCAUCCUCCUCCUUUUGCAGGAGUCUUCUCUCUUUAUCUCUGUAAAGCGAUCCUAAUCCCCAAUGUGUGUCCGCCCUCGACUCAUUUUCCCUUUUGUCAAAUUGGCCCAUUAAAUAAGACAUGA